UAUGGAAGUGUGCGGCUGCCUCAGCCCCCUCUCUCCCCAUCUCAGUUCACUGCUCUGCCCUUCUGAGUCAUACCGACGACUUCCCUCCUGGCCUCUGGCCUUCUGACCACCUUUCUUCUCUUCCUCCCUGACUUAGUAGCUGUUUCUCAGUUACCGGUCUCUCGGAGCCCUGCUUCUGUUCCAGUCAUGAGUACUUGGACAGCUCUUCUUCUGCUGAUGGCAUUUGUUUCUUCUCUUGGCUUCAACUUGGACACAGAGAAGCCGACACAUUUCCAUGUGGAUGGUGCUGGGUUCGGACACAGUGUGGUCCAGUAUGAUGGCUCCUGGGUGGUGGUUGGAGCUCCAAAGGAAGUUAGGGCCACUAACCAAAUGGGUGGCCUCUACAAAUGUGGCUAUCACAUGGGCAAGUGUGAUCCUGUCCGCCUCCAGGUGCCCCCAGCAGCUGUGAACAUGUCCCUGGGCCUGUCCCUCACUGCUACCACCAACCCUCCCAGGCUGUUGGCCUGUGGUCCUACUGUGCACCACACGUGCAGAGAGAAUAUAUACUUGACAGGACUCUGCUUUCUACUGGCCUCAUCAUGGCUGCAGAACCAAAGGUUCCUGACUGCCCAGCAGGAGUGUCCAAAGCAGGACCAGGACAUCGUGUUCUUGAUUGAUGGCUCGGGCAGCAUCUCUUCCGACAACUUUAAAACAAUGCUGAAAUUCGUGAAAGCUGUGAUGAGCCAGUUCCAUCGACCCAGCACACAGUUCUCCCUGAUGCAGUUCUCCAAUAGAUUUCAGACACAUUUUACCUUCAAUGACUUCAUCUCCACUCCAAGCCCUUUAGACCUGUUGACCUCUGUAAGGCAGUUGAGAGGGUUUACAUACACGGCCUCGGCUAUCGAGCAUGUCACAACGCAGCUGUUCACUGCCCGGAACGGGGCUCGGAAAGAUGCCACCAAGAUCCUCAUUGUCAUUACUGAUGGAAAGAAGGAAGGUGACAAGCGGGAUUAUGGUGAUGUCAUCCCCAUGGCAGAUGCUGCGGGCAUCAUUCGUUAUGCAAUUGGGGUAGGAUGGGCCUUUCACAUGGCACAUUCCCGGCAAGAGUUAGAGAACAUCGCGUCGGAGCCUUCCCGAGAACACAUCUUCAGCGUGGAGAACUUUGAUGCUUUGAAGGACAUUCAGAACCAGCUGAAGGAGAAGAUCUUUGCCAUUGAGGGUACGGACACAGCAAGCAGCAGUUCUUUUGAACUGGAGAUGUCCCAGGAGGGCUUCAGUGCUGUAUUUACACCUGAUGGACCAGUUCUGGGAGCUGUGGGAAGCUUCAGCUGGUCUGGAGGUGCCUUCUUAUACCCCCCGAAUAUGAAGCCCACCUUCAUCAACAUGUCUCAGGAGAAUGUGGACAUGAGGGACGCUUACCUGGGUUACUCCACCGCACUGGCCUUUUGGAAGGGGGUCCACAGCCUGGUCCUGGGGGCCCCUCGCCACCAGCACACGGGGAAGGUUGUCAUCUUUACCCAGGAAUCCAGGCGAUGGAGGCCCAAGUCUGAAGUCAGUGGGACACAGAUCGGCUCCUACUUUGGGGCCUCCCUCUGCUCUGUGGACAUGGAUAGAGACAGCAGCACUGACCUGGUCUUGAUCGGAGCCCCCCAUUACUAUGAGCAGACCCGAGGGGGGCAGGUAUCUGUGUGCCCAAUGCCCAGUGGGAGGAUCAGGUGGCAGUGUGAGGCCACUCUCCAUGGGGAGCAGGGCCAUCCUUGGGGCCGCUUUGGGGCAGCCCUGACAGUGCUAGGGGACGUGAAUGGGGACAGUGUGACAGAUGUGGCUAUUGGUGCACCUGGAGAGGAAGAGAACAGGGGUGCUGUGUACCUAUUUCAUGGAGCCUCGAAACUGGAGAUCAACCCCUCGCCCAGCCAGAGGAUUUCAGGAUCCCAGCUCUUCUCCAGGCUCCAGCAUUUUGGGCAGUCACUGAGUGGGGGUCAGGACCUCACCCAGGAUGGACUCGUGGACCUGGCUGUGGGCUCCAAGGGACACGUGCUGCUGCUCAGGACCAGACCGAUCCUUCGAAUGUUAUCGACUAUACACUUCUCACCUGCAGAGAUCGCCAGGUCUGUGUUUGAGUGUCAGGAGCAGGUGACCUCUGUCCAGACACUGGGUGAUGCCACUGUCUGCCUUCAUAUUUAUGAAAGCCCCAAGACCCAGCUGGGUGACCUCCAAAGCUCUGUCACCUUUGACCUGGCCCUAGACCCUGGCCGCCUGAGUCCUCGUGCCGUCUUCAAGGAAACAAAGACCCAGGCUCUGACCCGAGUUAAAACUCUCGGUCUGAGCAAGUACUGUGAAACUGUGAAGUUGCUUCUCCCAGCCUGUGUGGAGGACUCAGUGACCCCCAUCACUUUGCGCCUCAACUUCUCUCUUGUUGGCUUGCCCAUCCCUGCUUACCAAAACCUUCAACCCAUGCUGGCUGCAGAUGAGCAAACGUACUUCACGGCCUCUCUUCCCUUUGAGAAGAACUGUGGAGCUGAUCACAUCUGCCAGGAUGACCUGGGCAUCAUCUUUGGCUUCCCAGACUUGAAGACCCUGGUGGUGGGAAGUGACCUGGAGCUGAGUGUGGAUGUGACAGUCUCUAAUGAUGGGGAAGACUCCUAUGGAACCACAGUCACUUUGCUCUACCCAGUGGGUCUGUCCUUUAGACGAGUUGCAGAAGGCCAAGUACUCUAUCGCGGGAAGGAAGAGAACCAACGGCGGCAGCGUGCCCUGCACCUCACAUGUGACAGCACCCCAAGCAGGAGCCAGGGCCUCUGGAGGACCAGUUGUCGCAUCAGCCACAUCAUUUUCCGCGGAGGUGCCCAGAUGACUUUCUUGGUAACUUUUGAUGUCUCCCCCAAAGCUGCACUGGGGGACCGGCUGCUUCUAACAGCCAAAGUGAGCAGUGAGAACGACACACCUGAGACCCCAAAAACCACCUUCCAGCUGGAGCUCCCAGUAAAGUAUGCUGUGUACACGGUGAUCAGCAGCCACGACCAGUCUACCAAGUAUCUCAACUUCUCGGCCUCAGAAAAGGAGAAGAGCAGUGUGGCCGAACACAGAUACCAGGUGAACAAUCUGGGACAGAGGGACAUGCCGGUCACCAUCAACUUCUGGGUGCCCGUCGAGCUGAAGGGAGAAGCUGUGUGGGCCGUGAUGGUCUCCCACCCCCAGAACCCAGAGCUGAUGCCCACCCCGUGCUAUCAGAAUAGAAUAGUGCCACCGCAAUCUGACCUCCCGACUCACAUGCAGAGGAGUCCCGUGCUGGACUGCUCCAUUGCCGACUGCCUGCACAUCCGCUGUGACAUCCCCUCCUUGGGCAUCCAGGACGAGCUUGACUUCAUCCUGAAGGGCAACCUCAGCUUCGGCUGGGUCAGCCAGACAUUGCAGAAAAAGGUGGUGGUCACGAGUGUGGCCGAGGUCACAUUCAACACAUCUGUGUACUCCCAGCUGCCAGGACAGGAGGCGUUUCUGAGAGCCCAGGUGAAGACAGUGCUGGAGAUGUAUGAAGUUUACAACCCGGUCCCUCUCAUAGUGGGCAGCUCCGUGGGAGGUCUGCUGCUGCUGGCCCUCAUCACAGCCGCACUGUACAAGGCUGGUUUCUUCAAACGUCAGUACAAGGAAAUGCUGGAGGAAGCAAAUGAGCAGAUUGCCUCUGACAACAGGACAUCAGACCCCCAGGUUGCCCAGUGAGAACUUACCUCCUUGUCUUCGUUGAACCUGCCCUCUUGAGAGGUUUCCCAGAUCUAUACUCUCCCCUAGGUCAUGCUCAAGGGCAAAGAAACAUCCUGCACCAGGAAUGCUGGGACCAGGCUAACUUUGCUCUUUGUGUCUUGUUUGGGAAGGGACAUUGUCCCUUUACUUGGAACUCUUAGGACAUGGUCUGUGCCAUGGCCCAGAGAACAUGACUAGGAAUUUCUCCCUGGGAAGAUAUGGGCAGUUCAGUGGCCCCUCCCUCCACUGACCACUGAUGAGCUUUCUGUGAUGAAGGGUGGAAGUAGUCACUCACCCAUUUCUGUUUCCAGUUCCUCCUGUCUACUUUCAGGAUGUUAGAAUUGAGUUCUGUUCCCAGGAGGCGAACUUCAGACAGCCUGGGAUGCUCUGUGCUUCCAUGUCAUCCUCAUCGCUAGUAAAAUAUUGUUAGUAUCAGUUUGUAGUUUUUGCUGCGACUCUUAAUCCAGCUUCCUCUGAAUUGGCAAGAAAACAUCUGUACGAUGUAACCACUGGCCCUGACUUCUAGUGCCAGUGUUGUUAGCUGGGAAGAACGGGGUCAUGUUCUCUCAGGAGGGACAUUGCUCCUGUACAGCUCCAGGUCAAAAGAGGCCUGUGCCACUUUGCUGUGUGACUUCUUCUGGGAAGACAUAAGCAAACAUCUGUUUACCCAAGAUAGAGCACUGACAAAAGACCAAAGAAGCCAUUCCACCCAGUCAUGUCUAGUGAACGCAUGAAGGAACUCGCAGCUCCGCUCCAGCUUGGUUCUCCUAUCUUACAGCCAACAUGUGGCAUCUUCAGUGGUAGGCAGGAACUUGCCAUCAAGUUCUAACAUGUCACCAACAACAGUGGCAAAAGACUUUUUCCCUUUGGUUUUUUUCAAGACAGGGUUUCUCUGGGUAGCUUUGGAGUCUGUCCUCGAACUCACUUUGUAGACCACGCUGGCCUCGAACUCACAGAGAUCUGCCUGCCUCUGCCUCCCGAGUGCUGGGAUUAAAGGCUUGUGUCACCACCGCCUGGUGGCAAAAGUUUUUUUUAUGGCUUUGGGGGUAUUAUGCACCUCUUUGACUAAUAAAUCAUAGGGAAGUAGCCCACUUUAUGGCUCCCAAGAAUGCCUUUCCCCACAAAGGCAUUGUGUCUUCAUUCAAAUUCUUUAACUGCUGUCUCACUGUUCUUUCAGAUUCUUCCCUAAGUCUAAAGGCAUCGAAGAUUAGCAUUAGAUAAUAAAGCAUUAUUUUCCCAGCCUGU